AUGGUGCUGUCUGUUUUCAAAGAUGGACGGCCAAGAGUGGAGAAGUAUCUUCAGACGGCGAAUCAUAUAAAGAACAAGAACAUCUGUUCCAUCAAAACAAGACUCUUUGUGUCGUCGUCAUACAAAUUGAAACAUGGAAUAAAAAGUUCAAUGAAUAUUCCUGAAACUCAAGAAGUUGAUUUCAGUAAACCUGACAAUGGUUUAAAUACAUGGGUGAAUAAAAAUGUAGAAUUAAGAAACUGCGCUUUUACAAGAGAGUUGGAUUCCAAAACGGAUUAUGUUGUAGCUAAUGUGAGUUCGUUACAGCUUUUAGAACUUCCACUACGGUCAGGGUUGAAGUUGGUAAUAGUUGUACCAAAUGAGGUUGACGUCUUGCAGAACUUAUUCAACAUCUUGAAAGACCAAGGUUUGGAUGCAGCGGAAAUAAAUAGAUUUGCAAAGAGUAAUAUUGUACAAUAUGGCGCCUUAAUUGUAAAUAAAAUGGGAGCAAAUGUCACCGUUUUGACAUGUUUAACCGUCCCAUCAAACAUGAUACCGGCACAAAAUGAGCGUUCUUGUAACAAUCAACCAUUCUACGUGGGAAUCGUCUAUGAAGACACGCCUUUAUUUAUUGGACAGUUUACGAAAUGA